CACUGUGCAGGACAGGCCUCAGACACACAAGACCGGCUGCUCCUGCUGGAUUUAUACACACACACACACACACACACACACACACACACACACACACACACACACACACACACACACACACACGCGCGCUCAGCUAGAUAUACUGUACCACCCAGCCAGGGGAAUUCUGUUUCGGAUCUCAGAGGAAAAAACUUUCAGUAACAUGGGAAAAGAAAAUAGAUGGAUUGUCUGGAUCGUUUUGGCAAAACUUGGCACCACUAUUUCUUCGAGCCUUGAACCCUCUUUUUUUGCAAACAGCACUGUGACCGCCUCUCCCCAGCCAGCCACUACUGAAUGGAUCACAGACUAUGCUGACAUUGUGUCCAAGUUCUCCCGGCGCACCGCUGAUGUCCCAGAUGAUGACCUAUGCUACAUCCAGCCCGGCCAUCCAGACUCCAUUGCAGAGUGUGAAUUUAACCCAGAAACACAGACCUUCAUUGUCAUCCAUGGCUGGACGGUCACAGGGAUGUUUGAAAGUUGGGUGCCCAAGCUUGUCACGGCCCUUUAUGAGCGGGAGCCCAGAGCCAAUGUGAUUGUCGUGGACUGGCUGACCCGCGCCAGCCAGCACUACCCCACCUCUGCCGCCUACACCAAGUUGGUGGGUCGCGAUGUCGCCAAGUUUGUUACCUGGAUACAAAAAGAGCUCCAGUUGCCUUGGGAGAGACUUCAUCUGCUUGGCUACAGUCUGGGAGCUCAUGUGGCCGGCAUAGCUGGAGACCUGACUAACCACAAAAUCAGCAGAAUCACAGGUCUGGAUCCUGCCGGCCCCACCUUCGAGCACGCAGACAGCCAGAGCACGCUCUCCCCAGAUGAUGCCCAGUUCGUGGAUGUCCUUCACACCAACACUAGGGGCUCUCCAGACCGCAGCAUCGGCAUCCAGAGGCCCGUGGGACACGUGGACAUCUACCCCAACGGAGGCACUUUCCAGCCCGGCUGCGACAUCCAGAACACCCUGCUGGGGAUUGCAGCGGCCGGCAUCAAAGGCCUCCAGCAUAUGGACCAGAUUGUCAAAUGUUCCCACGAGCGCUCCAUUCACCUGUUCAUCGACUCACUACUGUACAAGGAACAGCAGAGCAUGGCCUACCGCUGUGGCACCAAGGAGGCCUUCAACAAGGGCCUGUGUCUCAGCUGUCGCAAGAACCGCUGCAAUAAGGUGGGCUACAACAUCAACAAGAUCCGCUCCACCCGCAGCACCACCAAGAUGUACCUCAAGACCGGCAAGAUGAUGCCCUAUAAAGUUUUCCACUACCAAGUAAAGGUCCAUUUCUUUAGUAAUGAGAAGCUGAGCUUCACGGAGCAGCCACUGAAGAUUUCUCUGUAUGGAACCCAUGGAGAGAAGGAGGACAUUGAUUUCACCAUACGAGCUUUGAACAGCAACAGUACUGUGUCCUUCCUGCUCACCACUGACAUGGACAUCGGAGACCUGAUGAUAGUGAAGUUCCGCUGGGAGAAAGAUGCCAUUUUCAGCUGGACAGACUGGUGGGGUAGCAACAAGUUCCACAUCCGCAAACUGCGCAUCAAAUCUGGGGAGACCCAGUCCAAGGUGAUCUUCAGUCCUAAGGAUGGAGAGUUUGCCUACCUCAUCAGAGGAGGAGAAGAUGCGGUCUUUGUCAAGUCAAAAGAGGACAACAUGAACCGCAAAGAAAAACUGAUGCUCAAGCUGAAGAUGCAGGGCAGUCUCUUUGGGCAAAACGAGGCGUGAAGUUUAAUAUCGACGCCUGUCAUUCUCACCUCGCACUCAAAACCAAAGCAAAUCCUAGGAACACCUUUGCCAGAAACUGCGCAUGGCAUCAGUCUGCUCAUUUCCUCCAGCCCAUGUUCAUCCUUCACACCUUCAGCCUCAGUGUUGGCAAUUGGUCAUCCUUUUAUUUCACCUCCUGUCCUCUGUUAAGCUGUGUUCCUGGAAAGAUUUUACAAGUUCUGUUCUGCCGUCGUGAUGCACAGACAGUUGGUCAUUUCCAUCUUGGAGUACUGUUUGCUGCACAUCUUUGUAAUCAUUUGUGUAUGCUUAUAAAUAUAUAUAUAUAUGUGUGUGUGUUGUUUAUGCAGAUUUAGAUGACUUUCGAACCCUUGAUAAGAUCUAAUUGUCUUUUGUUUGCCUCUGUGAACUUGGUUGAUUAUUAGAUAAUUAUAAAUGAUCCAGAGUGAUCGGCAUGAUUUAGAAACAUCCUUUGUGUAUUUCAUCUCUAAUAUCUUUUCCUAACCAUUAACUGCCAACAAUCAACAGGGACCAAAGAUGUUGUUACUUUUUACUGAAUGGAGUAUCACAGUGAUCCUUGUAAAUAGCUUUUUUCAAUCAGUAUUAUGUGUAUUUGAACGAGUCAUGUUGAUGUCAGUUCUCUUGAAUCCUCACUUGUGCUUUGAUCGCAUUUUUUUAUUGUGUUCGGCACUGGUCACUUUAAAAGGCCCCCUGCCCCCGCUGACAAUUUGAUCCCCCACAUACGUGCCCUCCAGUCCAGCCAGGUCCUGCUUCCUGUGCUUUUGCUCGUUUUUGAAAUUUGGCCCCCUGACUGUAAAGAAAUAAUGUUCUUCACUAAACACUCUUGGCUAAAUGCUCUGAUAAUUUCAUGAAAGGGUAAAAAAUAUCUGAAAUGGUUUACCUCAUUGUUAAUGCACAUUUCUAUAAGAGAUGCCCUUGUUUUUGAAAGGUCAAACAUUACAAGAAUUGCUGAAAAUAAAUAUGUGAAUUAUUGGAAUCUGACUGUUCUGCGUAACGGCUAUAUUACAUCCCAGGAUUAUGUCAUCUUCUAUUUAUUGAAUGUACGUGUAUAUAUUUGUAUAUCAAGCUGUAAUAUAUUUUGGCAGGUUUUCAUUGCGUGUUUUUAUAGAUGAAGCUUUUUGUGAUUUUAUGCUCAAGGCUCUUUGUCAGAUUUAAGCUAGCUGUUGAGCGUAUUUACUUCCAUAAACUAAAGUGCGGUGCACUGUACAUUAAGAAACGUGAUUUUUUAAUAAAUUGCUACUUCGCACAU